ACCUAACUCCUCCUUAUCACUAUAUAUACAUACACCCUUCAUUCCUAUGCUGCAGCAGUACAACUAAGAACUCUCAAGUAGAAUAUUCAAGCUUGCUAGCUAGCCAGAGUCCAAUUGGCAGAAAUUUAAAGAGAGAAAGAAAUCAAAGAUGCAGGAUGAGAAGAAGAUGAAGGUGAAGAAAGGAUGGCUGGCAGUGGAAGUAGGGUUGGAGGAAGAAGAUGGAGGGUUUCAGAGAUUUGUGAUGCCCAUCUCCUACCUCCACCACCCUCUUUUCCGGCAGCUCUUGGAAAAAGCUCAGGAGGUUUACGGGUACCACGCGGCCGGCCCCCUGCGGCUGCCGUGCUCCGUCAAUGAUUUCCUCUGCCUACGGUGGCAGAUCGAGAAGGAGAAGAGUGACCAUCAGAGCAGCCGCCGCCGCCACCACCACCACCAUCUCCACCCUCUAGCUGGUUCUUUGUCCUUUCAGUCUUGUUAAUUAAUUAAGUGUACUACUUCAUCAAUGAGCCAGCUUGCCCCCAUGGAUGCAUAUAGAUGGUGGUGACUGGUGAGAUAUCAUCUAUAUAUGUGGCCGCUAGCUUACACCAACUUACUCUUAAUCCUUAAUUUGAUCAUAUAUUAAUUAUAUGAUUCUGCCUUUCACUUUUUUUUCCCCCUUUCUUUGGGUCAUCUUCUUCUUUUUCUUGGGAGAUAUGUCAGCAGGAAAGGGAAAGUUAAUGGUAGCCUUCAACCAUGAUGUAUUUUUAAUGGAUCUUUAAUUGUUAAUGUAAUAUAAAGUUUCUGGUUUAUAUAUAAUAAGAAAAAAAAUUUUGAUUUAGCA